AUGGUGUCCAUAGAGGACCCUCGCCGCAAUGGCCCCAAGCCUCAACUUGAUAUCGAAACGCGGUCGGUCCCGGUUCCUCUGACAAAGGAAGAGGAGGAAGAAUCGACGUUGGGGACAGCAGACGAGCAUGUGACCGCGGCCGUCCCCACGAAGCCUUGGGAGCGGCCCGGCGUCUGGGGCACCACUCGCCGUUACCUCCGUACCUUCCGAGGCUACAUCUGGGACGACCCAGACAAGCCAAAGGAAGAGAAGUGGUUUCUAUUCAAGCUCGACUUCUUUCUGCUCACCACGUCGUGCCUAGGCUACUUUAGCAGGGGCCUCGACGUGCAGAAUAUAAACAACGCAUACGUGUCGGGUAUGAAGGAGUCGCUAAAACUAUACGGCAGCGAGCUGACGUACGCUUCGAACGUCAACACCGCGGGCUACGUGAUCGGCCAGAUCCCAGCCGUUAUACUGGUCACGCGCGUUCGACCUUCGAUCCUGAUCCCGACGGUCGAGAUCGUUUGGGCGGCGCUUACCUUCUGCACGGCGGCUGUUAAAACGGCGGAACAGCUAUACGCCGUCCGCUUCUUCAUUGGUCUAUUCGAGUCGGCCUUCUUCCCCGUCAUGGUCUACCUGAUCGGAUCGUGGUACACCAAGGAAGAGCGCGCUAAGCGCGUCACCAUAUUCUACGCCACUGCUAGCAUGUCCAGUAUGUUUAGCGGCUAUCUCCAAGCGGGCGCGUAUAAGGGUCUCGACGGCAAGCUGGGCCGUGAAGGCUGGAGUUGGCUUUUUAUCAUAUGUGGCGUCAUCAGUUUACCUAUCGGUAUCCUGGGCUACUUCUUUAUCCCCGACUUCCCUGAGACCACGCGCGCCUUUUAUCUCACGCCUAAGGAGGCGCAGUUUGCACGGGACCGGCUGGUUAAGGCGGGACUGAAGCCUUUAGGGGCGUCGGCAUGGGAUCGCAAAAAGAUCUUCCGCAUUAUGUCCCAAUGGCAGUUCUGGCUGCUCCCGCUCGGCUACUUCUUCAUCCAGGGCAGUUUCCCGGCCUACCAGCCUGUAUUCGCACUUUGGCUGAAAUCCACCCAUCACUCUGUCUACCAAAUCAACGUGUGGCCUACGGGCCAGGUCGCCAUCGGAGUGGUAGUGCAGGUCGUGGCAGGCAUGGUGUCUGACUCUCGCCUACUGCGAGGACGACGGUGGCAGACUAUCAUGGCCAUGCAGGCCGUCACCUUCUUUAGCUGUGUCGUUCUCGCCGUUUGGGACGUCUCGGACAAUCUCAAGUUUACUGCAUACUAUCUGAUGUACUUCAGUUGCGGUGUUCCAGGCAUCUACUAUUCCUGGUAUCCGGAUUUGAUCCCCCAUGACCACGAGAUGCGAGGGUUUGUUAUUGCGUGCUCAAACAUGUUCAGUUUCAUCCAGUCAAUUUGGUUCUCCGUUGCCGUUUGGAGAACGAUCGAUGCUCCCAGGUAUCACCCGGGAUUCAUCUUCGCCUCGGUCCUAGGCGUUAUGGUUGUGUUGCACACGAUACUCGUCCGGACUUUGGAGAAGCGCGAUACAAAGAAACGCGCCCUGGCACAAGAUGGGUUAACUGAUGUAGAAUCACCCAUCGUGGUGCUCUCUGACUCGGAAAAGGAAGCAGGUAGUUCGGAAAAGAAAGCAGAUGGCUCGGAAGCUUCAGCAUCAGGACCAGACGGCACUGGUAACAAAAGGUCCGAGCUAGUGGCAUGA